UGAUCAACAGGCGCGUGGCGACUCCUUGGACUCGAGACAUGCAGAUGUCUUCAUCGCUCAGGUACACGAGUGCGAAGGCACCUUGGCGCCGUUCAGCGUCACCAAUACCGUGGACAGCGAAGUCCUUCCGCCCUUGGAGUUUUGCUACACGGACGCCAUCAUCCAAAGCACGAACGUGCCUGCCGCGCAGCACCCUCCUGUGCUUCCCAAAGGCUGCUCGUGCGACGACGAUGUCUGCGACCCCAAACACUGCGAGUGCCGUCAGAUUGGGCGCGAGUUCGAUCCGACCUGGGCCAACUUCGCAGCCGAUGCAUUGUAAGUUGCAUGUAUGCAUGGGCGCGAGUCCUCCCAUAGGAUGGGAUUGUUCUUCCUCGCGUUGUUCGCGAGACGCCUGCCCAAGCUGAAGCUGCAACGCCCUGCGUCUCCAUUUUUGUUCGCGUCAUCCCGACUUUUCAGCGCCUACAAGGCCAAUGGCUUUUUAGCGGAAGGUCCCCGACAGUACCCAGGCACCACCAUUUGGGAGUGCAAUGAAAACUGCGGUUGCAGUGUCGAUUGCCCAAAUAGAGUUGUCAGCAAAGGCAGAAAGGUCUGGCUCGAUCUCUUUAAAACAGAGGGGAAGGGCUGGGGUAUUAGAAGCCCAAAGGCUCUUGAGCGUGGCACUUUUGUGUUGCACUAUGCUGGCGAGUUGCUGACAUAUGACGAGAGUCAGGAACGAAGCGAGCUGUACGAGGAGAUGGGCAAUUUGUACACGUACGAUAUAGACACUUGGUGGGUUCCAAGGCAGAUAUACUAUCAGCCCUUUGAAGAUGAGAUUGUCGCCAAAGCGGGCGGAGGUGAGAGGGGCGCACAGGCCCUGCUGGCUAGGAAGAGAGAAGUCAUCGGUGCCGAGGACGUCAAGCGCGAGCAGGGAAUCACUAAAAGCGAGUACACAGACGCCAAAGAGCAAGUCGACGUAUCGUCGAGCGAAGCAGAAGAAAUUUGGGAACGAUUCAUACGCGAUAAGAUCUCUUCCAGAGACGAACCAUUCACGCUAGAUGCAGCACUCUGGGGCAACCUCAGCCGAUACUUCAACUCGUCAUGCGAACCAAACAUGGCCACGUACACCGUGUAUACAUCCACUCGAGAUUUUCGAAGGCCGCUCUUGGCAUUCUUCACCACUCGAGCGAUUGAAGAGAAUGAAGAGCUCACAUUUUGCUACUCUGGUCAGUCACAAGAAGAGGCAGAGGAGAUGACAGAUGCUGUGCAGCGCGACAAGGCUAUAGAAGAGCUCGCAGAGAAGCCCGUCGGGCAGGAAGUCGGUGUCAAUUCCAAGCUGAGCGCAAUCAAGUGCCUGUGCGGUACCCGCAAAUGUAAGGGUUUGCUCUUCAGAAACAACUGAGACAGGACAUGAGCACCAGGUGCCAACUGAUCGCGACAGUGAACAGUAGCAACAAACGCUAGCGAAGGGGUCGAGCCACGACAGCGAAUUUCAAUGGUCGGUUGGCAGUGAGAC